AUGCCCAAAAUUCGCGAGCAUAUCCAUAAGCUCAAGGAGCUCAUCAAGGCUGCCAGCCACAAGUCCGGGAAGUCCAUCAAGAAGGUCGUCAAGAAGGGUGGGGACAAGCUUGCCUUGUUCAAGACCGACAAAGAAGUUGAACGCCCAGCUAUGGUAAUCGGCCAACCGAUGAAUGUCGUGCAUGUGGCCGGAGCUGGCCUUGCGGCCGCGGUCCCCAUGCCAUGGGUGUCCAACCCCCGUAUCCAGCCAGCCUCGCCCAUGAAUGCUGUCAAUGUUCGCCCCAUGACGCUGCUGGAGCGUACCGAUGUCAAUAAUGUCCCGCAGGAUGUGAUCAACGUUGUCAAGAAGUCCUCUGUCGAGAGUGUCGAACACGAUCCCAAGGUCGCGGACGACAUCCAGCCUUCUCCCAAAAAGACUGAAGUCAAGGAGGUUAUCGUGGGUACCGACGAUGGUCUCAUCAAGAAUACCAACAACUAUCCCGCUAAGCUCGUCGACAAGAAGGAUCACGAUGGGGAUAAUGUGAACCACCAAGAUCCCGACCAGGCCACCAACAAUCAAGAUGCGAAUAACCUCAACGUUCCCGCCCUCAUCUACCAACAUUACAUCCACACGGAUGUGGGAGAUCAGCCGGCCCCGGGUACGCAGGGCAUCAGCUGUGUCGCCGGCAUGUCAACGGAGUAA